UCAUUGCAAACUUGUUGAUAGUUUGGACUUAGUGGAACUCUUCUCUUCAAAGAGGUAGAAUUACUGUAUUCUUACUUUCAUUUUCGAUAAUUCCAUGCCAUGCAAAUACUGAAAUAUGAGCAAAACAACACAUCUCCGAGCUCUAGCGAAGUUAUUACCCAAGGAGGGGGAUGCAGUAGCUAAAUAUUUGAGAUUUAAAGGUUUAUCUUCAAGUGGAAACAAAACUGACAAAGAAGUAACAGUGUCUUUGAAACACUGCAGUUAUUGUGGUAACAUUUUUACACCUGAGACUUGCAGGGUAAGAAUCAGACCAAAGUUAACUUUGAACAGAAACCUGUCAAAACUGUUGGAGAGACAUAAAGAAAACCCAGAAGCCUUGAGCAAAUAUCAGAGAAACUUAGUGCAAAGAUAUCUCAGGAGUAAAAAUGUGCUGAUAAAAACAUGCUUGCAAUGCAGCAAAACAAGCAAGUUUCCAGCACAAACAAGAGAAUUACAAACCAAAAGAGUUCAAUCUUUAAAACCAGUUCUUAAAACAGAAGAAACAGAAUCAACUAAAAUCGAGGAGAAAAAGUUAACAAAGAAACAAAAGAAAAGACUGAAAAAGAAACAACUUAACAAUCGGAUACCACAAGACUGUAUGGAUUAUAGUGAGAGUCACACAGCGGAUGUUAGUCCUGUGAUCAACAACAAAGUGCAGAAUAAAACAGCAGUGCCUUAUGCUCAAAAUAAAAACUCAUCUAACCUCAACAAAGUGAAUCCUGCUAAACCAGGAAAUUUAGCCAAGAAACUUGCAGGCAAAAAUCGACACCAACAACUGAGUAAAAUGCUUGCACAAGACAAGAAAGACAACAAACCAGCUUCUUUAUCUAUGUUUUUAUCAACUUUGUGAAGUUUAUUCAUUAAACCCAUAAGAGAGGCAGCUGUAUAAGAAUUUUUGUUAAUGAUUAACAUUACCUUACAUUGGAAGAGGGCUUUGCAACUGACAAUAGUGACAGUGGAAAACAGGACAUAAUCCACACCAUGUACAUCUAAUUAGAGGUUUUAUCAUUUUUAACAUAUCAUCCUCACUAUAAAGUAUAUCAUUCAAAAACACAGCAUGAUUGCUACCUGUAUAGAAGCCAAAUCUGAUAUAAACAAAUAGUUCCCUGAUUUUAGAGCUACUGGUAAAUGUUACUGAGAAUCAGACAUUAGUUAUUAUUUCCUUAUUCCUUCAUAUAUAUAUACCAGUAGUCAAACAUGCUGGGAAGUAUCAAAAUCUUAUUCAUCAGGAGGUAAAAAAUUACUACCAAAAAAGCCAGGACCUUUUAGACUAUAAUUUACUUUUUCAGGCCAAAGGUCUCAAUUACAUGUAAAUGUAAUGCAACAGGGUAUUUAAUUUCCACUUUCUUAAACCACAAAAUAUGAUAAGGGGAAUAACUUGAUGUAAUUUAAAGUGCCAUGUAUUACCCUUUACAAUAUCCAUAAAAUGUGACAGUUGCAGGGAAACUGAAUAUACAGUAUUGUCAGCCUUACUUUAUUAGUACUUUUGCUUCUGAAAUACUACCCUUUUUUUAUCCUGUAAGAAAAAAUUUUACAAGGCUUUUGGUUGCCAAUAUUCCUUGCCACAAACCACUAUUUUCAUGAAUCGUGUAUUUGUUUGAUAUUAUCAACAUAAGCUUGAUCAAAUAUAUUAUUGUCUGCAAACCAGUUUAUCACUUGUACUAGUAUAUAAUGCAAAAUGGAGUAUUUGUGAAUUUAAAUGUGGUUUAAUUAUGGUAUGAAGUCACUAUGUACUUAGACAGAUGAGUAAAAUGUCGUAAAUCUGAAUGCUUAUUUUUAAUGUAGUUCUAAUAUUAUCACAAGUACAUGAUUUUACCUUUACAUUAACACUACACCUUCUAAUGUAAUUGUUUUGGAGAUUACCAUUAUACCUAUCUGGACAAGAAGUAAAUGCCUACAGUGUUCCAAAAAAAAUUGUCCUCACCAAAAAUAAAUUUAAUCAAU